UGUCAACUGCAGGGGCGAUUUCUUGGACCCCAAUUGCGGUCAGAUACAGACCAACGAACGACACUUUUAGUUGGUUCUUCUUGGAAAGAGGCACGUACCUAUGUGUGUGUGUGUGUGUGUGUGUGUGUGUGUGUGUGUGUGAGAGAGAGAGAGAGACAGAGAGACAGAGAGAGAGAGAGAAAUGGCACCCCGUCCACUUGGUGACGGUCAGAAACGGAAGUCGUGGUCCAUCAAGGCAAAGUUGGAUAUAGUCAAAGAGUAUGUGCCGGGUGUUAAAGGGAAAGGGUUCGACAUUGUUGGGAGGAGAUUUGGGGUCGACAAGUUCACACUGCGCCAGUGGGUCACGCAAAAAGACAAGUUGGAGGAAGCUUUGAAAAACACAAUAACGAACAGUAGAACACAACGCCGGCUUGGGGGUGGGGGGCGGAAGCCUGCGCAUGACGAAUUGGAGGAGCAGCUCGAGCAGUGGGUUUUGCAGAAGAACAAAAGCGGACUGAGAGUUAGAGAUCAAUACAUACAGGCGAAAGCUCGAGUGAUUUAUAAGUUGCAGAAGAAGAAGGGAGAGGUGGAGGAGGGUGCGGUCUUCGAUGGGUUGACGGGCUGGAUGACGCGCUUUAAGAGCCGAAAGGGGUUUGUGUCACGACGACACACAACCUCAAGGACCUUGCCUUCCGAUGCUGCAGACACAUGCAGAGCUUUCAUUGACGAAAUCCACAGCGUCAUUAACAAGCAUAGCAUUUCCCCGGUUAACGUUUUCAAUAUGAAUCAGGUCCCGCGCUACUUCGAGACAGAGUCGUCAUCUACAAUUGCAACGCGAGGGACACGUGAGGUGCUGAUGCGCAAAGCAAGCAGCUCACACAAACGCUUUACCGUCACUUUCACUAUCUCCAUGGCUGGUGAAAUGUUGAAGCCUCACCUUCUUUUCGCGAAGUUGAAGAACAAGCCAGCGGUGGAAGAGUCUGUGGUUGUUGAUGUUAACAUGACGGGGAUGGGGAGUAUGGACACAAUCAUCUCAUUCAUCAACGACACAAUAGCAUCAAGAAAAGAGACGGCAUUUAGCCGCAAGCCUGUUCUUCUGAUCAUCGAUAGUUAUGGACCUCAUUUGAAGGUGGCUGAGAGUGAAAGGUUGAAGAAGAUGAACAUCCAUGUUUGUAUUGUCCCUCCCAACCUGACGGGUAUUCUUCAGCCUCUUGAUGUUGCUGUGAAUCGGUUUUUCCAGCAAUCUUAUGGACGCCAGUACGAUGCAUACAUCUCCAACGCUUCAGAGAACCCGUCCUUGCAGAUUGGGUUUGCCAAAGAGUUUGCUGAGGCACCAGUCCCUGUGAAUGUAGAUUUGCUCACUGCCCCAAAGUACUUCAUUCCUGAGGAUGUGAUUGACGGUCAGCAAAAUAGUUACUGGCAAUGCCUUCAUCGGGUUGUGUUGGGUAGAGCACCGUCCAUUACUUCUGCAGAGUUCCGGUCCAACACUGUGGAGCACAUGAAGGUCAUGGAAGUCCUUGCUGACAUCACUGACGAUGCGUACUUUGCUGAUCUUGCAUCGGGUGCGAACUGUGAUGAGGAAUACAUAGCUUAUGCCAUCACUUAGAUCCAUAAUGUGACUAUUCGCAUCCAAAGCGGGGAGGAUUCAAGUUACCGGACUUUUGAGCAACCAGACGCUACGACCAUAAUUGAUUUUGUGUGUGUCGAUAGUUUCUAUGUGCUGAAGUUGUAGGACAGCUUGGGGCUGAAGCUUCCAAUUAGAAAAUUUGAAAAUUACAGCAGCCAGAGGGCUGCUUGGGUCUGUGGAGAAAGACCUGCAGGCUCUUCAGCCUGUAAGCUAAACUGGAUGAUGGUUCCAGUAAAAUGGUUUAUUCUGG